CGGAGGGACACCUAUGUGACUUUGGAACGUCGUUCCUUCGGAACGAGUCACGGUGGUACUGUUUGACGGCGGAUCAUCGUGAUUUUUUCAUCGUGACGUUAUUUAUCACCCACCUCUAAAGCCUGGGGUGGACAUUCUCGGGUCGAGCAUUACUGUGUCGUACAUUACGGUGUUGUUGGGCAUUAUAGGGACUCAAAAAGACGACCUAAAGAUUUAGUUUCAAACAAGGAAAAGUAAAUUUAGCAACAAAUAUAUAGACUCAUAACAACAUUAUGGCAGAUGCAAAUAUUAAAGAACAAUCGGUUGCCAAAGUGCCCAUGAUAUACGUUUGUGGAGAGUGUCACAGGGAGAAUGAGAUCAAACCAAGAGACCCAAUCAGAUGCAGAGAGUGUGGUUACCGCAUCAUGUACAAGAAAAGAACUAAAAGAUUGGUGGUAUUCGACGCGCGAUGAUGACGAUAGAAUGGAGAAAACACCAAUCAUUUUACAUUUAGUUUAUUAAUCUUAUCAUUAUAAAAUAUCCAUUCAUAUAAUGUAUAAACAAUAAAAGGGUAAAUACUUGACAAGUUGAAUUUUCUCUCAAUUCUUGAAUACUUUCUCUUUCAAUCCCAAGUGUUGACAAAGAAACAAAUAAACAAGUUAAAGUUCUGGACUGCAAACAAUCGGUUUCCUGUGCAAUUUAAUAAUUUUUAAAGUCGAAUACUAACUUGGAAAUUUAAAACAUAGGUCCUUUUAUUGUAUAUGUCCUAUUAACACUCGGAAUUGAAUAUUAUAUUUAAGAUAUACAUAUAAAUGUUUUAAGUAUUACAUAGCCUUUAUUGUGCAGUAAAUAAAGCAUAACAACAAAUUUUUGAUGAUAAAUGAAUCUCUCUUAAGAAAUAUUUGAAUGUAACGUGUCUCAAACCCA